UCGAUUUUUCUCCCUUCUCCCUUUUGCAGAUCUGCGACGGCCACCAUCACCCUUGUUCCUUCACCUCCGACCUUCACCAUCUCCCUUCUCCCUUCUGCAGAUCUGCACGGCCACCAUCACCCCUGUUCCUUCACCUCCAACCUUCACCAUCCUCUUGCUAGCUAAUCGUCACGCUCAUCUCACCAAUCACCAAGAAGACGAUAUAGAUCUAGCCGCAAGCCCCUUGGGACUCUGACCUUGACAUCUUCUUGCGUCUCAUCAUCAUCACUGCCUCCACCUUCAUCACCGGUAAGCAGAGGGUUUCAGCAGCCACCAGAAAGGGAGGAUCUCUCUUCUUCAAAAAAAUCUAAAGUGGUUGUCAACACCGCCGGUACGCCGAAAUACCGGCCGGAAUACCGAGAUUUGACCGAAAUGAGCGAAAUUUGACCGAAACGAAAUUAAGCUUUAUACCGUUUCGGUGCAAUGGAAAAUCCGGUACGUUUCGGUGCAAUGACUCAUUAGGCACCUAGUAUAUGUAGUAAAUAAGAGUUCAGGGUAAUAAUUUGGGAAAAGAAGAGGGUUCUGGUGAGCGAAGGAGAUUUGAGAGUAAAGAGAGAUGUCCUAUUUGCUACCGCAUCUGCACUCAGGGUGGGCUGUGGAUCAGGCGAUCCUGGCGGAGGAAGAGCGGCUCGUUGUCAUCCGGUUUGGCCACGACUGGGAUGAAACCUGCAUGCAGAUGGAUGAGGUGCUUGCUUCAGUUGCUGAGACCAUUAAGAACUUUGCUGUGAUAUAUCUUGUGGACAUAACUGAAGUGCCAGAUUUUAACACAAUGUACGAGCUGUAUGACCCAUCAACAAUCAUGUUCUUCUUUAGAAACAAGCACAUUAUGAUUGACCUUGGCACUGGGAAUAACAACAAGAUCAACUGGGCUCUCAAGGACAAGCAGGAGUUCAUUGACAUUGUUGAGACAGUGUAUCGCGGGGCAAGGAAGGGCCGUGGUCUGGUAAUUGCUCCAAAAGACUAUUCCACCAAGUACCGCUACUGAGGACUCUCAGAUUCUGUAGUUGAUUUUAAACAUGUUAAGAUCAUCUUCUGCAAACUUGUUGCAGACAAAUUGCAUAGGAAUUAAGUACAUGUGGGUGUCAUUUCUAGUUUUCUACUUCUUUGCGUAUUUGUGUGAUGUUUACUUGUUUCAUUUGACAUCAAGGUUACUGGACAAAAUGAAUAAUAUUGGAUGUAUUUUGGAUAUUUUCAGACAUGAUUUAUAUUGUUUGUGAGUGGACUAUGCGUGGAAUAGAUUAAUUCAACAGAA